AUGAACAAGUCAGAGAGGGGCGGCGUGGGGAGGGGCGGCAGCGAGGGGAGGUACGACCGCGAAUGGGGUGGAGGCUGCAGCGAGUCUAAGCGAAGCCGCCUUCUUGACUGCUCGAGGUCUGAGGGUGUAUUGAAGGAGAGAGGGUGCAGAAGAGGGAGAGGGUGGCGAGGAGAUGUUGGUGGUGGGGAGGAGAAGGAGGAAGGAAGGAGGACGCUGGGAGGCGGGGUUCUUAUAGAAGGGCCUGGCGGUGCGUGCGGAGGCGGUCAGCCGGGCAGCCGUUUGGCAGGCGGUGGCCGCGGAGAGUUCGUCGUCGGUGAUGAUAGAAGGAGCCAAGGCGGUCGGCACUAUGGCUUUAGGAAUUACUGUCGACCACGCGCCGUCUUAGCCAAAGCACAUAGAAAGGACAGGAUUGGAAUGAAAGAAGCAGCUCCUCAAGACAUUCGUAUCGUCUGCAGCCGUUUCGACCAGAGAGAGGCGCCAAACAAUCGCAGGCAGCUCGCAGCCGUGCAGAUCAUUCGCGUCCUCGCCGUUCCCCAAGAGGGGCGCCCCGCGCUCUCCCACACCGAUGCCCCCUCGCCCACACCACAAACCGCCGCACACUCAAGAGCAGGCCGACAGGCCUCAGGGAGACAGCGCAAGCAGAACGAGAAGGAAACGAAUGCAAUGCGCGCCGCGAAUAUCGUCACAGCCGAACCCUUCUAUCGAGUUGCUAGCAAUGAAACCUAUCCAAUAUCAUCAGCGCCUGUCCUCUAUAACGUUCAGCGACUCCCACAAGCACGGGGUGUGAAGGGGCGCUUCGUCGAGACAGCGCCGACCAAGGCGCCGGGCGCAACGCGGAGUCGGACUCUUACUUACCAAGCCAGUCUAUCUUCGCGUGAGCUUCGAGCAAGACGUGCGGAGCUUGAUCGAACCGCUUCGGCGACAAGCAUACCUAAACGCAAACCAGAAAGCGCCAAACUCUUUAUCCAGUCUAUCCCUAGUCUUUCAAAUUGCGCAGAAUCGUGGAGAAAACAGACGGUUUAUACUAGGGCAUCAGUCGUCGCAUGGGAUCAUACAGGCCAGCGAUCCGCGAAGGAAGCUCCAGACAAGAAAGAAUGUGGGGAAACGCCACAGAUUCCAGCUGAGGGCUGCCUCGGCGAUCGCAAACCAGUCGUAGGCCUGGAGAACGCGCGCUUACUGAAGCGGGCACAUCGUCGCUCUGCGCCCCGAGCGACAGAGGGAUACAGUAUGGGCGGCGAAAGCAGAGGGCCACAAGAGACCGGAUGGGGACAGCUGGCGUUGAUCCUUGGCGGUGGUUCGACACUCUUCAAACGCGCAGAGAACACCAGCGGACGCAGAAGACACACUUCAGCUCCUGAUGUCUCCAAGGAGGACCGAAGGCGGCGACAGCAGCGGAGCGGCCGGCUUUGGGACGAUGACGAGGCAGGCGGAGGGCUCCCAGCUGCACAGGACGAUGACCUCGAGGCAGGGCAAUCAUCACAGAGGCUUCCUGCAGGCUCGCACGGCCAGGCCAAGGAUCAGGGGCUUUGGGUGGCAGAUGCGCAAAAUGCGGAGACGGCCAGGCCAACGCAGGCUAGCCCUGCACAAUUUAGGGACGAACUGCUGCAAAUUGUCUGCUGCCGUUCGGGGGUAGCGAGACCACGGUCCACGGCCGCUGUCAGCAAAUCAUCGUCGCCCAUCAUGCGCAUCGCAACAUCCUUCGACCUCGUCGCUCUCUCCACCUCAUCAAAGAUCCGUCGUGGGACUCUCUCUAGCGGCGGGAGCUGGGAUGCGGUCUGCUCUAACAGCUUCGAGUUCUUCAGGAGACCCCUCAUCUUUCCGUCUGGACUCGGUUAAGCCCGUCGGCCCCAAUUUUCUCCUCUUUCAAUGGCUUUGAUGCUUUCUGCACGCCAUUCUGCUUCGCUUCAAGCGCCAUCGAUGAGAUCCCGGCCGGCCUACGCCUUGACAACGAAGCCAUUCAGAGGAGCCCCGUACUCGAAGCGGACAAAGGCAGUCACGCGCCCCUGUGGGAUCACACCAG